AUGGGCAAAGUCAAGACGCCCCGACGGGCGGGCGCCGCGUCCAACUCACCCUACGACCGAAAAGGCGGCAACAACGCUGCCGCCGCCGCCGCAGCGCCGAGUAAGAACAACGUGUUUCGGUUCAAAAAGGACUACGGCCAACACAUCCUCAAGAACCCGGGCAUAGCCGAGGAGAUCGUCAAGAAGGCGUACCUGCGGCCGACGGACACGGUGCUCGAGGUCGGGCCGGGAACCGGCAACCUGUCGGUCAAGAUCCUGGAGCGGGCGCAGAAGCUGAUCGCCGUCGAGCUGGACCCGCGCAUGGGUGCCGAGCUGACCAAGCGCGUGCAGGGGAAGCCGGAGCAGAGGAAGCUCGAGGUCAUUCUGGGCGACGUCAUCAAGGCGGACCUGCCGCCCUUUGACGUCCUCAUCAGCAACACCCCUUACCAGAUCUCCAGUCCGUUGGUGUUCAAGAUGCUGGCGCUGCCGAAUCCGCCUAGGUGCGCCGUGCUCAUGUUUCAGAGGGAGUUUUCGUCACGGUUGACGGCCAGGCCCGGAGAGGCGCUCUAUUCGCGAUUGUCCGUCAAUGUCCAGCUCUUCGCCAAAGUCACACACAUCAUGAAGGUCGGCAAGGCCAACUUCAAGCCGCCGCCGCAGGUAGAAUCUUCGGUCGUGCGCAUCGAGCCCAAGCUCGGCCGCGAGCGGCCGAACGUCUCUUGGGAGGAGUGGGACGGCAUGCUGCGUGUGUGCUUCAACCGCAAGAACAAGACGCUGCAUGCCUCAUUCCUCGGCGUCAAGGAGGUCCUCGCCAUGGCCGAGCGCAACUACAAGAUCUGGUGCACCAUGAACGACAUACCGAUUGACGAGAGCGUCGUCGAGACGGCGGACGGAGACGUUGAGAUGGACGCAGAGGACGGCGGGGAGUGGGGUGGCAUCAUGGACGUUGACGAGGAUGGCGACGCCGGUGGUGGUGAUGAUGAUGAUGACGACGUUCCGGAAUUCUUCAAGGAAAAAGCCCCAGCACCCGUGGCCAAGACGCCGAGCAAGAGGAAAAAGACAAAAGUUGGGGAGUUGGUCAGGACAAAGAUUGAAAAGGUCCUCAAGGAGACGGACUUGGCCGAGCAGCGCGCCAACAAGUGCGACCAGAACGACUUUUUGAGGCUGUUGGCUGCGUUCAACGCCGAAGGCAUUCACUUUGCAUGA